AGGCCGCCUUGACCUUCCUCGGCGCUCGGCCAUUUUGUCCCAGUCGGUCCCGAGCUGCGGCUGCGGAGGGAGCUGCUGAGGGAGAAGCUACCGAGAUGCUGUCUGUGCGCGUCGCCGCGGCCGUGGCCCGCUCGCUCCCUCGGCGGGCAGGGCUGGUUUCCAAAAAUGCAUUGGGAGCAUCUUUCAUUGCUGCAAGAAACCUGCAUGCCUCAAACGCUCGCCUUCAGAAAAUUGGCACCGCUGAGAUGUCCUCCAUCCUUGAAGAACGAAUUCUUGGAACUGAUACUUCUGUUGACCUUGAAGAAACUGGGCGUGUGUUGAGCAUUGGUGAUGGCAUUGCCAGAGUCCAUGGACUGAGAAACGUUCAGGCAGAAGAAAUGGUAGAGUUUUCUUCAGGCUUAAAGGGCAUGUCUCUGAACUUGGAGCCUGACAACGUCGGUGUCGUCGUUUUUGGAAAUGACAAGCUGAUUAAGGAGGGCGAUAUCGUGAAGAGAACAGGAGCCAUCGUGGAUGUCCCUGUUGGCGAGGAACUCCUUGGUCGGGUGGUAGACGCCCUUGGCAAUGCCAUUGACGGAAAGGGUCCAAUUGGUUCCAAGAUCCGGAGGCGAGUUGGUCUGAAGGCCCCUGGGAUCAUUCCUCGAAUCUCUGUGAGGGAGCCGAUGCAGACAGGCAUUAAGGCUGUAGAUAGCUUGGUGCCUAUUGGCCGUGGUCAGCGUGAACUGAUCAUUGGUGACCGACAGACCGGCAAAACAUCCAUUGCCAUUGACACAAUCAUCAACCAGAAGCGCUUCAAUGAUGGGUCAGAUGAAAAGAAGAAGCUGUAUUGUAUCUAUGUUGCUAUUGGCCAGAAGAGGUCCACUGUUGCCCAGCUGGUGAAGAGACUUACAGAUGCAGAUGCCAUGAAAUACACCAUUGUGGUUUCUGCCACUGCUUCGGAUGCUGCCCCGCUUCAGUACCUGGCACCCUACUCUGGCUGUUCCAUGGGAGAGUAUUUCAGAGAUAAUGGCAAACACGCUUUGAUCAUCUAUGACGACUUAUCCAAGCAGGCUGUUGCUUAUCGCCAGAUGUCUCUGCUGCUUCGCCGGCCCCCUGGUCGUGAGGCCUACCCAGGGGAUGUCUUUUACCUACACUCUCGUCUGCUAGAGAGAGCAGCCAAAAUGAACGACUCCUUCGGUGGUGGCUCCCUGACUGCUUUGCCUGUCAUUGAGACACAAGCAGGUGACGUGUCUGCUUACAUUCCAACAAAUGUCAUUUCCAUCACUGACGGACAGAUCUUCUUGGAAACUGAAUUGUUCUAUAAAGGUAUCCGCCCUGCUAUUAAUGUCGGAUUGUCUGUGUCGCGUGUCGGAUCCGCUGCCCAAACCAGGGCCAUGAAGCAGGUGGCAGGUACCAUGAAGUUGGAGCUGGCUCAGUACCGCGAGGUCGCUGCCUUUGCCCAGUUUGGCUCUGAUCUUGAUGCUGCCACUCAGCAGCUCCUGAGUCGUGGUGUGCGUCUGACUGAGCUGCUGAAACAGGGACAGUAUUCGCCCAUGGCUAUUGAAGAGCAAGUGGCUGUCAUCUAUGCUGGAGUAAGGGGCUACCUCGAUAAGCUGGAUCCCAGCAAGAUCACAAAGUUUGAGAACGCUUUCUUGUCUCACGUGAUCAGCCAGCACCAGACCCUGCUGGAUAACAUCAGGACUGAUGGGAAAAUCUCAGAGCAGUCAGAUGCAAAGCUGAAGGAGAUUGUCACAAACUUCUUGGCUGGAUUUGAAGCUUAAACUCCUGUGGAUUCACAUCAGAUGCCAGUUUGGUUUUGUCGUUGUUCUAGUAAUCAGUUUCCAUUUGUUACAGGUUUACUCUUGUUCCAGAUGUACAGAAAUCACGUUAAAAAUAAAAGGUCCGUAUUGCCUGGUGGCUUUCUGUGA